AUGCUUGGCACCCUAGUCACAGCUGAGGACCCCGCUGCUUCUCUGAUGAUCUUAAAUCAUCCUAUGAUCGACGAUGUCAAUGUUCGCAUGAUUCAAGGACCAGCUACGAAGGCAGAGAAGGCCGAACAAGACCGUACAGGAUCUACCGAACUUGCCGGAAGCGACGAAAAUUAA